UUUUUUAAACAGACCGACCCUGUUUAAAAAAAAAUAAAGAAAACAAUUUGAUAAGGAGUGAAUUCACAGCUGGGGUAGGAGAAGCUCUUCAGCACUGCCAGUCCACUCUUGGUCAGACUUGCAAUGCCCUGACUGUUAAAGGUGUUAAACAACAUGUGUGUUUCUUCAUCAUUAGACACCUUAACUACCUCACACAGGUGUCACCCAUCGUUUAUAUUAACUCUGCUUUAUGGUUUGUUUUUUUUUUAAAUGAGGUGAUCGAGAUGUAAAAUAAGUUAGGAAUCAUCCCAUUUAUGAAGCUGGGACUUCAACUUCUUUAUUUCUCCCAAAUGUUUCAAAUGUCCUAGUUAUUUAAAUAUGUUGAGAAAAAGAGUAUUUAAAAGGCACAACUCCAAAGAGUAACGUGAAAGAAACAAGGUCUAGUGAGCACAACCAUUUCAUGGUGUAUUUUCUGUGUGUUCCUAUUCUUUACAACUGAUGAUAGUUCAAAUCUAAACCGCCGAGUGGAAAUGAAGAGGACUCAUGCCUUAAGCACGAUUACUUUGAGUCAUUUCCUUUCCUUCCAUUUUCUCAGCCACCCUUGGGCCAGUGGUUGGUAAAGUGAGGAGUUACUGCGGGGUUGUGAGAACUCCUGUCUGUUCAGCAUGAAAAUCUUUCCUCUCUGACUGCCUUGCUAGGAGAUAGGCUGGUAAACCUCCAACUUAACAGGCUGGUAAACCUCCAACUUAACAGUAUUGGAUAAGUAACUUUACUAAUUUUGAAGAAUGAUGGCAAUUUAUUCACAUGUUCAUCUAUAUGAUACAGUCGUAUAUGAUGUGUAAACUAACGUAACUUGAAAUCUGUGGAGACGUACAGAGCAGGACAAGAAGGUAAAAAGGCUGCCAGGCUUGGAUACUAGGUUUAUGGUUUUUAGACAACCAAUUUACGCACAGCUCUUAAACCAGUACCUGUAUAAAUGUAAAGAAUCAAAUGAAGAAUCAGUCAGAAUUGCAGAACAGGCCAGAAAAUAGAGAGCUUGUGGAUUAGUUAGGAGUGGAUGGAGCCUGCCCCCUUUUCGGAUGUCCUCUCCUUCUAAAAGUAGUCAGACUUUAAAAUGUUUACUCACGUGGUAGAAUGUAAACUAGUUACUUCCUUUUUUAGGGUUUGAUGUUUCAGUGUAAAAAGGCGGAAUUAGAGUUUUUACAAAGUGCAAGUGAGAGGAUAGAAAAUAUUGUCACAAAAUAUGUGCUACAUAAGAUAUAGGAUUCUCUUCACCAGAUAAUAGCACAUAUGAAAGGAUGUGCUAAGAUGGUGCUGAAGUUAAUAAUCCAAACUUAUCUUGCCCUGAGCUUUUCAAUCUGGGCAGAUAACCUAAGGAAAAGCUUUAGUUAAUCACCAGGAACUGAAGACAUAAGGCUUCGUAUUCAUUCAUAUAUUCUGACACGGAGAGGGUAGUUUGGGGUUUUUUUUGGCGACCUGUUCAUGGCUAUAGACCGUAUGCAGCUUUGGAGAAGCAUCCUGAUUCCCUGAGCAAGUACCACACUAAAUGUAUCCUUGUUCCCCAAAUCCUUGAUGCCCUGUCCUGACUCCAGGCCUUUGCAUGGGCUGUCCUUGGGCAUGGGCGCCGCCUGUCUUCCCUUUCUUAGCACAGAGUACUCUGCCUGUUAAUGGUCACACGUCGCCUUUGUCUCUUCCUGGAUGAGCUCAGAGGUGGGACUCUGAUCACUGUGGGCAGCCCAGCCUCUGCUGGUUUGUCCUCAUUAAAUACUGAAUAAAUGGGUAUAAUUUAGGGUAAACAAUCCACCCAUUUUAAUGCCAACAUUUGGCCUGUUCGACUCUCUUUUUAUAAGUUAUGUUGGAGCAGAAACGGACCCUCUGGCGGAACUGAGUGGAAAGUAAGGGGCUGGACCAAGGUGACACUGCGUAGCCAAGACCCUGUUUACCAGGCAGGACAGUUUCCUUUCCUUUUCUCUUUAUAGCUAAUCUCCAAUGUUAAGAAAUCGUCAUGAAACAUUGCAGACAUAGAAGUACAACAAAUGAUAGAACAAUCACGUACCUACCACCAAGACGAAGCAAGCUGUGAUGAGGUUUCUGCUGUACCUUACUGCCUAAUUGUCUGUCACUGGGCAAGGUAAAAGUGUAAAGUAUGCAGCAUACAAAAGCAAGACGCGAAAUGGAAGCUUUAAAGGAUUAGUCUCAUACUGUACAAACCACAUUGGAAAUAUACACAACGAAACCUGCACCAGUUUGGGGAGGAACAACUCAGAAAAGGAGGUGUUCUAAUGACAGAAGCAUCUGGGCUGAAUGGACUUUAGCAUCAAAAAAAGUCCUCUUUCUGUUCAGAAAGUUGUAAAGUGCAUAAAGAUGAAGCAGGCACCAGAAAUCCUUGGCAAUACAAAUGGAAAGACUCAGAACUGUGAAGUGAAUCGUGAAUGUUCUGUAUUCCUCAGCAAAGCCCAACUUUCUACCACCCUGCAAGAGGGGGUCAUGCAAAAAUUUAAUGGCCAUGAUGCGCUUCCCUUUAUUCCAGCUGAGAAGUUGAAAGAUCUUACUUCUCGUGUGUUUAAUGGAGAACCUGGCGCUCAUGAUGCCAAAUUGCGUUUUGAGUCCCAGGAAAUGAAAGGAAUUGGGACCCCACCUAACACUACCCCUAUUAAAAAUGGCUCUCCGGAAAUUAAGCUGAAAAUCACCAAAACAUACAUGAAUGGGAAACCUCUCUUUGAAUCUUCCAUUUGUGGUGACAGUGCAGCUGAUGUUUCCCAGUCAGAAGAAAAUGGACAAAAACCAGAAAACAAGGCAAGAAGGAGCAGAAAGAGAAGCAUAAAAUAUGACUCCUUCCUGGAGCAGGGCCUUGUUGAAGCAGCUCUGGUAUCCAAGAUCUCGAGUCCCACAGACAAAAAGAUUCCAGCCAAGAAGGAGUCCUGUCCAAAUAUCAGCAGAGACAAAGAUCGUCUGCUGAGAUACAGCGUUGGAGAUUUGGUGUGGUCCAAAGUGUCAGGUUAUCCUUGGUGGCCGUGCAUGGUAUCUGCUGACCCACUCCUUCACACCUGUACCAAACUUAAAGGUCAGAAAAAGAGUGCACGCCAGUAUCAUGUACAGUUCUUUGGUGAUGCCCCAGAAAGAGCUUGGAUAUUUGAGAAGAGCCUUGUAGCUUUUGAAGGAGAAGGACAGUUUGAAAAAUUGUGCCAGGAAAGUGCCAGACAAGCACCUACGAAAGCAGAGAAGAUCAAGCUGUUAAAACCUAUUUCAGGGAAAUUGAGGGCCCAGUGGGAAAUGGGUAUUGUUCAAGCAAAAGAAGCCGCAAGCAUGUCAGUAGAUGAACGGAAAGCCAAGUUCACCUUCGUCUAUGUGGGGGACCAGCUUCAUCUUAACCCUUGCGUUGCUAGGGAGGCUGGCAUUGCUAUGGAGACCCCAGGAGAAGUGGUAGACUCGUCAGGAGUCAGUGACAACCUUGAGUCUACGAAAGAAGAGGGGGUUCCUGUUAAGAGGAGGAGGAGAGCCAAACUGCGUAGCUCUGCUGAAGGCCAAGAAAGCGAGCCUGGGACAGUGAACACCACUCCUCAAAAGACAGCAGAGGCAGACCCCAAAAGAGGAGUAGGGUCUCCCCCUGGGAGAAAAAAGGCCACGGCCUGCACUCCACGAAGCAGGAAGGGCGAUGCGGUUUCCCAGUUUCUGGUCUUCUGUCAAAAGCACAGGGAUGAGGUUGUGUCCGAACAUCCAGACGCUUCCGGCGAGGAGAUCGAAGAGCUGCUCGGCUCACAGUGGGACAUGCUCAACGCCAAACAGAAAGCGCGUUAUAACACAAAGUUUGCCCUAGUGACCUCUCCCCAGUCAGAAGAAGACUCUGGUUCAUCAUUGCAGUAUUUUGGAGAGGCCACUCAUAAAGUGUUUCAAGACUCACCUAACAGCAGCCUGAGCCCCAGAAGUAACUUAAAUGGAAAAAAAAGAAACCACACAAAGAGGACACAGGACCCUACAGAAGACUUUGAAGUUGAGGAAGCACCCAGGAAGAGACUCAGGACGGACAAGCACAGUCUUCGGAAGAGAGAGACCAUCAAUGACAAAACAGCCAGAACAAACUCUUCUAAGGUCACAGAGGCAGCCUCUUCGCUAAAGAGCCAGACAGCAACGAAAAAUCUGUCUGAUGCAUGCAAACCACUGAAGAAGCGAAAUCGGGCUUCCGCAGCAGCGCCUUCAACUCUUGGGUUUAGCAAAAGUUCAUCUCCUUCCACAUCCUUAACUGAGAAUGAGGUGUCAGACGGCCCCGGAGACGAGCCCUCGGAGUCCCCGUAUGAAAGUGCAGAUGAAACGCAGACCGAAGUGUCCAUCUCGUCUAAGAAGUCAGAACGAGGAGUGACAGCCAAAAAGGAGUAUGUGUGCCAGCUGUGUGAGAAGACCGGCAACCUCUUGCUCUGCGAAGGCCCCUGCUGUGGAGCUUUCCACCUCUCCUGCCUUGGGCUUCCCCGGAGACCGGAAGGGAGGUUCACCUGCAGCGAGUGUGCUUCAGGGAUUCACUCGUGUUUCGUGUGUAAGGAGAACAAGACAGAUGUUAAGCGCUGUGUUGUAUCUCAGUGUGGAAAAUUCUACCAUGAAGCUUGUGUGAGAAAAUACCCUCUUACUGUAUUUGAAAGUCGGGGCUUUCGUUGUCCUCUCCACAGUUGUGUGACCUGCCAUGUUUCGAACCCUUCAAAUCCAAGACCAUCAAAAGGUAAAAUGAUGCGGUGUGUACGCUGCCCCGUUGCCUACCAUGGCGGGGACGCUUGCUUGGCAGCGGGGUGUUCAGUGAUCGCGUCCAACAGCAUCGUCUGUACGGGCCACUUCACUGCCCGGAAGGGGAAGAGGCACCACACGCACGUCAAUGUGAGCUGGUGCUUCGUGUGCUCCAAAGGGGGGAGCCUUCUGUGCUGCGAGUCCUGCCCGGCAGCCUUUCACCCUGACUGUCUGAACAUCGAGAUGCCUGACGGCAGCUGGUUCUGCAACGACUGCCGGGCUGGGAAGAAGUUACACUUCCAGGACAUCAUUUGGGUUAAACUUGGGAACUACAGAUGGUGGCCGGCAGAAGUUUGCCAUCCCAAAAAUGUCCCCCCAAAUAUUCAGAAAAUGAAGCACGAGAUUGGAGAAUUUCCUGUGUUUUUCUUUGGGUCUAAAGAUUAUUACUGGACACAUCAGGCACGAGUGUUCCCGUACAUGGAGGGCGAUCGGGGCAGCAGAUACCAAGGAGUUAAAGGAAUUGGAAAAGUCUUCAAAAACGCACUGCAAGAAGCUGAAGCUCGCUUUCGUGAAAUCAGACUCCAGAGGGAAGCCCGAGAGACCCAGGAGAAUGAGCGCAAACCCCCGCCGUACAAGCACAUUAAGGUGAAUAAGCCGUACGGGAAAGUUCAGAUCUAUACAGCCGAUAUUUCUGAAAUUCCUAAGUGCAACUGUAAGCCCACGGAUGAAAACCCCUGCGGCUUUGACUCGGAGUGUUUGAACAGGAUGCUGAUGUUCGAGUGCCACCCACAGGUGUGCCCUGCGGGCGAGUACUGUCAGAACCAGUGCUUCACCAAGCGCCAGUACCCCGAGACCAAGAUCAUUAAGACGGAAGGCAAAGGCUGGGGCCUGGUCGCCAAGAGGGACAUUAAAAAGGGAGAAUUUGUGAAUGAGUACGUUGGAGAGGUCAUUGACGAAGAGGAGUGUAUGGCCAGAAUCAAAUACGCCCACGAGAAUGACAUCACUCACUUCUACAUGCUCACGAUAGACAAGGACCGUAUCAUUGAUGCUGGCCCCAAAGGAAACUACUCCCGAUUCAUGAACCACAGCUGCCAGCCCAACUGCGAGACCCUCAAGUGGACGGUGAACGGCGACACGAGAGUGGGCCUGUUUGCUGUGUGCGACAUUCCUGCAGGGACAGAGCUGACUUUUAAUUACAACCUCGACUGUUUGGGCAACGAGAAGACCGUCUGUCGGUGUGGAGCCUCCAAUUGUAGCGGAUUCCUGGGGGAUCGGCCAAAGACCUCAGCAUCCCUUUCUUCAGAGGAGAAGGGCAAGAAGAUGAAGAAGAAAACCAGGAGGCGUCGAACAAGGGGUGAAGGGAAGAAGGCUUCCGAGGAUGACUGCUUCCGCUGCGGUGACGGGGGCCAGCUGGUUCUGUGUGACCGCAAGUUCUGCACCAAGGCCUACCACCUGUCAUGCCUCGGGCUGGGCAAGCGGCCCUUUGGGAAGUGGGAAUGUCCUUGGCAUCACUGUGACGUGUGUGGCAAACCUUCUACUUCGUUUUGCCACUUUUGUCCCAAUUCUUUUUGCAAGGACCACCAUGAUGGGACGGCCUUCAGCUCCACGCAGGACGGACGUCUCUACUGCUCUGAGCAUGAUGGGGGCGCCGAAUCGGUGCGAGGUGCCAAGACUGAGAAACCCUGCCCAGAACCGGUGAAGUUGAAGGGGGAGAGGAGGAGGAGGCGCUGUUGGCGGAGGGUCACCGAAGGCAAAUAGCGCCUGGCGGCUUGGCCAGAUCCAGGGCUGUGUGGGCGGCCAGCCUCGUGGGUAAAGGGCUGAGUGCAGGGCUGGCCGCAGGACGCAGCCCCUGCCCCCAUGACAGAUGUACAGGCCCCCGGGAGGGAGCACCUUCCCCACCACUGAGCCACCUCAGCAGCAUCCGCUGCCUCUGCACUGAUGACCAGCUCUGAGCCACGCAGUUCAGAAUGUUCCAGACAAACCAGCCUUACUCCACAGCUCCACAGUCACACUUGAAUUUCUAAGAAUGUCAGGGUUCCCUCCCGCUUUAUUUUUCUAGGUUAAAGUUAUGAUUGAAAAGUAAUUGGCAUAUGAAAUGGUUUUAUCUCACCUGAAAUGUAUAGAAUAGUAUUUUUUUCUAAAGGAUCGCUAUUAACUUUUUAAUCUGAAGAAUGUUCCUCGGCUUCUGCGUACAGUGCCACCAUCACUCAGGAGCCAAGGCCUCUGACCUUGACCCUGCAGGCCUUGGAAACCACAGUUUCGAUUAUUAUUUUGCGCUUAUGAAAACAGCUGUAUGAUUUUUGUACUAAUAUGAAGUUUUUUCCUUUAAAUGCUUCUUCUCCAUCCUAGUGAGAAGCUGGCCUGGGGCUGGGGGCGGUGACGGAGACGGAGAGGGUGGCUCUGAGAUCUGCCCUCUCUCCUCGCGGGUGUGAACUAGGUGCCGCCGGCAGUGCCCCCGCCCAGCAGCCCGGCCUGCCCCCGGGGCCUGUCUUCUGAACGCGCGAGGUUCUUAGCACCAUUUUGGGAAAACACUUUGUAUAUUUUUUCCAUCUGGCUUUUUUUUUUUUUUUUUUAAUACCGUCUUCUGGCUUUUAUUCUCAAUAUAUUUUUGCUAAACUCAUUUCACAAAUCACCAUUGACUGAGACGUGUAUUUACUGACGCGGCCCCCAGCCUCCACCAGACGGCGGCACCUGCAGCCUUUGUGUUUGGAGUAAAUGAAAACCGACUUUGACGGAUUGUGUUCUGUCCUGUGGGCACUUUAGGUGACAGGACAGGGACUGGUCCAACCCAUGCCCACGGUGCCAGCCUCGCGCUGUCUCUGCCUGGCUCCCCACCAGUGGCUCGGAGCACAUGGGAAACAGGUGCUUCUGGAAACUCUUGUUUUCAGGUCUGAUGCGUGAUGAGGUUUCAGAGACGUCUAAAGUUGUUUCUGCUUCAUCGAACCUUGUGGAUCUGCUCUCACCCAGGGCGCCACCUCCUGGCGAGUGUGUGGGUGUCUGGUGCAGCGAUGGGCUCGGCUGACACUUCUGGUGUGAGAUUUCGGUUCUCUCUUAAAAGUCCCAGCCCCGUGUAGUGACAUAGCUGAGAAAUAGUGAGUUCUCUGUGGAAGACUUGAUUCUUCUUUUCUGGGGGUUCCUCCUGACCCUGGGAAGUUCGGAGUAUCCCGAGGAAGGUGGCGGGGGCAGUGUGUCCCUUCAGAGGGGCCCAGCUGUCUCCACCCCGGCAACAGGGAGUGGGGGCAACACCCAGAAGCAGGUGCUUUUUUCCAGCUCUUUCUUAACAGUAACCUAAGGAGAACACUCAUUUUGCAGAAAAGUUUACACAACUCUCCUUAGUAAUUAGGAAAACUUCUACUGAGGUCUCGGGGCCAUUUCUCGGAUUCUUUCUGUCUUGUAAAAUUGCAGUAAAUAUUUGGGCUGAAGACUCGUUAGCUCCUUCUCUGUGGUCCUGUGAGCCUGCACUCUGGGAAGCGGUGUUCCUUAUGGGCUCCGGGGCCUCAUGGAGAACCUGCCUCUGGCGUGUGGGUCCCUGGACGCACCCAGACCCAGGGAGCGGGCGGCCCAGGGACCGGGCACCCCGGUGUCCAGGCCCACCCCUUCCCUGCACGCUGACUAGAGGCUACCCGGCCUGUGGUCCUGAGAAGUAACCGUGCGUGGGACCAAAAGGAACCAACAACUAGAAACCAGUUGACAACUUCUAAACGUGCAGGCUGGUUACCUCUGGAGACGCCCCUGCCUGAUGAACAUGGCUGCUGUGGAGCGUGUUCUCCUCCUAGAACUCUAAUCUCUGUCUUUAAGAGAACGUUGCAUCACUUCAUAGAUUUAUUUAUGCUCCUUAUGCACAAAAGGUGAAAGGGUGUUACCAAGUGAGAAGCCGGACAGCACCCCCGUGCUUCCACCGGCACCUUUUCCAGCCCAGGUUCAGGCGGCCCCUGAGGUGGUGGGCGGGGUGGAGCCUGCUUGAGGACGGGCCCAUAGGGAGAACCCAGGGCGCCUCUAACAGGUACAAGCUGGGGUCUUUGUCCAGAAGUUCCCGUCCUACCAGCUGAAAGAACUCUGCCAAGUUAAGGGAUCUGAGUUGGUUUGCAGUGCACUUUGGGAAACAGGUUAACUUCUACUGUAUUUGACAGUAGUAAAAUCUGGAGUUUUGACUCACUUCACUGUAUUUCCAAAUUCUCUUUAUGAUCUUUCUGAAAGAAAUACUGCAAAAAUUAUUUUAAGUAUGGUUCCCGGUUCUAAAACCUGCUAUGCUAAUGAGAAGAUAACACUAACUUUGAGAAUCUUGAGAAGCCUAGCUUGUAAAAUCCGAGUAAAAACACAGCUUGGAGCUGACAGCCAUGCAUGGACGUGGCCUGUGCUCUGACCUGCCUGCUCUGUUCUAGGCAUUUGGGGGAGAUUUUGUUUUUGGGGAUUCGGUGACUUUGUGACUGUGAGCUUCAAUCCUUUGUCAUUACUGAGGAGCAAAACAAAACCAAAAACAAAAACUGCCCUGAAACCUUAGAACUCCGUGGCGUCAGGCAUCCGCUCGAGAAUUGGCAUCUGAAAGCACAUGCUCACGUGCACGCGCGCGAGGCGGCCGGCACACCGGGCACGUGAGCGCUGUUGAAACACGUGUGUCGUCGGGCUGCCCCGUGCCAGCCCUUGGGCCUCUUCACAACUGUGGUGCCUCUCAAAACUGUGCAGGCCAGACGCCUGAGUCUGUCACAGUAACUCGUGCUAACGCUGGAGCUGAGGCUGGCACCAAAAGCUAUUCACCCGUGGGGAUCCCAGAGCCCAGGCCACGCUCCCCGGGGUCCUCAGCCAGUGCCGCCUGGGCUCCGCACACUCAGGUCCGUGCUCCGACUGCCCUGAAGUAUUAUCCUCACAUCUAAAUCAUAACGUGUGUCUAUCACCCAUCUUCCAGAACUACCUUGUCUUUAGGAAUUAAACCUGUUCCAUUAAAGUUAAUGCAAAGACUGUCAGUUGCCAAAUGUCCUGGUCCCCGAGAGCCCUGCCAGGAGUCCUUGGUGAGACACUGUCCCGCUGGGCGUUGUGUGCCCCAUACCCUGUUGAGAUGUGAACUGCCCUGUCAGAGAUUAAAUAUAAAUUGAAAUGUGCCUAUUGGUGUCCGAACUUGCUCCACAAUGUAAGGCCAGGCGAUAGCGCCUUUUAGGAAUACCGGUGCUGCCACCAGUUUUGAUAGUUAGAUUUAAAAACUUGAAGUUCACUUUUGGGGGGAAUAUACUGAAAUGUAGAUUUGAGAAUUGCCAGUUGGGGAAAAAUAGCAUUUAAAGUGGAAAGUUGUGUUUGGAAAAUGGUGUAUGAGUAUUUUUGUAUUAAAAAAAUUUUAAAGGCUUUUUUUUCUUUAACUUAUUUGUAUGUGAGGUUAUGCGUUGAAACUUGGGCCUCCUCAGUUUCUAGUUCCAGAGGGUUGUGGGUCACCGAGGCCCUGGCCCCAUCGCCCCCCAGUGCUCCCAACCCAGGGCCAGGUGGGUCACUGCCUUUGAAUGCCGUGCAGCUUCGGGUCACAGUAGGAUGACAACCGGAGGGGCAGCUGCAACCUGCAUUACUCUGAAAAAAAUCCUUUUU